AUGGCGUGUACCGUCACCCUCCUGGUGUAUGUGCUCCUCCAGUUCAUCGCGUUCCUCUGUGUGCUCGUGGGCACGCCCCUCGACAUGUUUCACCUGAGUAGUGGGGGGAGCAGAUUUGGCAACACGCCCUGCAUUACGUUGUGGGGGUUAAAUGAGCAGUGCUACACCAGCAGGAACAAUAUAAGUUUGGAGGAGCUCUGGAUAGCAUGCCCUGACCGGCGCGACCGUUUCCGCAGAGCUCAGGUGUUUGCUAUCAUCUCCAUCUGCGUGUACGGCCUGGCUGCCCUCCUCGGCUUCAUUGCGCUGUGCUGCUGCUCGUGCCUCCGCUGGGUCUGCCUGGCGCUCAACAUCGCCGGCGUAGCCACGCUGUGCGUUGUGUGGGCCUCCAUGGUGAGGACCUACGAAAAGGCUGAUGGCAGUUGUAUAAUGCAGAAGCUCGUCUCCUUCUUGGGAGUCGGCUUCAUGCUAUUGGUGAUCGCAUGGUGCCUGGACAUCAUCAACAUCCUCUUAUUGCUGCUCUCCUGCCCGGCCAGGUACCCGAGUAAGGGCCUGGAUUCGAAUGAAUAG